AUAGCAAAGCCAAAUUUAUGCCAUUAUACACAGUCCGAUUCACAAUUGUAUCUUUACAAUGAGGACGUCAAAUACAUGCCCAGGGUAGCACUCGCUCACUUAAAACAAUUACAAUAGCUGUAAAACUAAAAAGUAAACGCCUUUCACAGCUCAUCUGAAAUGAAAUAAAAGCACCUCAUUGUAAAACCACAAAAACCCACUUUGUGUUUUUGUAUGUUUUACAAUGCAGCUAUCUGAACCCGUUAAAGAGGCAUGUUUGUGUGCUGAGGAUUAGUUUCCUGCAGUCAUUCUACACCCCUGCAAGGCGGGUGGGUCAGGUGUCACCUGGGUCAGGUGGCCGAGCAGCGGGACACAGUCGCAGGUUGAGAUCCCGGCUGGAACGCAGCGACAGUCGAGAUGACCUUCAUCGCCAAGACCUUCUACGACCUGAGAGCCACCACGCUGGAGGGGGACUCGGUGGACUUCAACGUGCUACGGGGACGCGUGGUCCUCAUCGAGAAUGUGGCCUCUCUCUGAGGCACCACCCCCCGGGACUACAGCGAGCUCAACCAGCUGCAGACCAAGUACCCCCAUCGGCUGGUGGUCCUGGGCUUCCCCUGUAACCAGUUUGGGUAUCAGGAGAACUGCAAAAAUGAUGAGAUCCUGAAUUCCUUGAAACACGUGCGUCCAGGCGGCGGCUUUCAACCCACCUUCACCAUCUUUGAGAAGUGCGACGUGAACGGGACGGGCACCCACCCGGUCUUUGCCUAUCUCAAAGAUAAGCUCCCCUAUCCCGACGAUGACCCCACCUCCCUCGCGGACGACCCCAAGUUUCUGGUUUGGAGUCCCGUCAGCAGGACGGACGUCUCGUGGAACUUUGAGAAGUUUCUCGUUGGGCCGGAGGGAGAACCCUUUAAAAGAUACAGCAAAAGGUUCCCCACCAUUGACAUCGAGCCCGACAUCCAAAGACUGUUAAGAUUAACCAAAAACUAAGAGUGGCCUCCACCUCUCGCAAUCAGAGCAAAUAUGCUGUCCUCCUCACUUUUAAGCCUUAUUAAAUGACGGUGGUAUUCUAAAAAAAACUAAGGGAAUAUUAUCUGAGGGCUUUUAAGUGCUUAAGAGUAGUGGAGGAAUAUAUUUGAUGUAGAAGAAAUUCUGUCAAUUAAGAAACUUGAAGAUAUGUACUUUUUAUCCCUGUCUUACCAAAGUCCGGCCAGCAGGUGGUGCUACUGAUUUGAUCAUACAAGUAGACAACUCCUGUCAUGCGUUUGUAAAUUAACAUUUACCACACACACACACACACACACACACACCCACGAAAUGUGUGCACUGGAUUAAACCCUGAGAAUCAA